CGUCCCUCGUCUCGAUCUUGACCUUGACUUCACUUCCACUUCGUCCCCCCCCAAAUCAAUCACCAUUGCUACUUCCUCUCGUCGACAACGCCAGCGACGCCGCCGAGGCAUCCUUUGUCGACGAUUCGUGGCCACCUGCUUCGCCCGUGAGCCCUUCUUCGAAUCCUCUGACACGCGUCCUUCGUUAGCUGUCGGGUUCUCCUGGAGUUUCCCCCUUUAGGUUCGUGCACUAGCCCUGCCCCCUUACUCCCGCAUCCGCGGCCAUCACCACCACCACUCGCUGCAGCGAAAUCAGAAUGUAGCUGGCAUUGGUGACGGAUGUUCCGCCCAGUCCUCCUCGAGAUACCCUUGUCGGCUACUCCAUCUCUCUUGCGUCGUUGCGCGCCGUGCUUCGCUCCCACCACCUAUCUUCGCGACAUCAUUGCAGCUACCCUCCUCUCAAAACCAUUGCUGACCCUGCUCGACCAGAUCCCGCCCGUCCCCGAACUCCAUUCUUUCAAGGACCAGUCGAACGCUCUUUACACAUCGAUAUGGCUUCGAACGGAUCUGACGCUCCUCAGGCGGCGGCAUCUGCCUCGCCUGUCAAUGUCCCCUCUCAGGCCGCACCCGUCCCGGAUAACCGGAACAUCGUCCGCCGAAAGCUAACUGGUUACGUCGGCUUUGCCAACCUGCCCAACCAGUGGCACCGCAAGAGCGUCCGCAAAGGCUUCAACUUUAAUGUCAUGGUCGUCGGCGAAUCUGGUCUCGGAAAGUCGACGCUCGUCAACACGCUCUUCAACACCUCUCUAUACCCGCCCAAGGAGCGCAAGGGCCCUAGCCUUGACAUCAUUCCCAAGACGGUCACCAUUCAGUCCAUCAGCGCCGACAUCGAGGAGGCUGGCGUGCGCCUUCGUUUGACCGUUGUCGACACCCCUGGCUUCGGCGAUUUUGUCAACAACGACGAGUCCUGGCGUCCCAUUGUCGACAACAUUGAGCAGCGCUUCGAUGCCUACCUCGAUGCCGAGAACAAGGUCAACCGGAUGAACAUUGUUGACAACAGGAUUCACGCCUGUGUCUUCUUCAUCCAGCCCACGGGCCAUUCUCUCAAGCCACUUGACAUCGAGGUCAUGCGACGACUGCACACCAAGGUCAACCUUAUUCCUGUCAUUGCUAAGUCUGAUACUCUUACGGACGAGGAAAUUGCGAACUUCAAGGCCAGAAUCCUGUCCGACAUUAAGUAUCACGGCAUUCAGAUCUUCGAAGGUCCUCGAUAUGAGCUUGACGACGAGGAGACUAUUGCGGAGAACAAUGAGAUCAUGUCCAAGGUCCCCUUCGCCGUUGUCGGCGCCACCAAUGAGAUCAAGACGGCCGACGGACGCCAAGUUCGUGGGCGUGAGUAUCCAUGGGGCAUCAUCGAGGUCGACAACGAGGAGCACUGCGACUUUGUCAAGCUGCGCCAGAUGCUCAUCCGCACUCACAUGGAAGAACUCAAGGAGCAUACCAACAAUCUGCUCUACGAGAACUACCGUACCGACAAGCUGAUCGCCAUGGGUGUCUCGCAAGACCCCAGCGUCUUCAAGGAGGUCAAUCCCGCGGUCAAGCAGGAGGAGGAGCGCGCUCUCCACGAGCAGAAGCUCGCCAAGAUGGAGGCGGAGAUGAAAAUGGUCUUUCAGCAGAAGGUUGCCGAGAAGGAGAGCAAGCUCAAGCAAUCCGAAGAGGAGCUUUACGCCCGACACCGGGAAAUGAAGGAGCAGCUCGAUCGCCAGCGCAUGGAGCUCGAGGACAAGAAGCAGCGCAUCGAGAGCGGGCGGCCGCUAGAGAAGGAAGGCAAGCGCAAGGGCUUCUCGUUGCGAUAAAAGGCCAGCUGCGACAUGCUAGCCCUUCGACACCCUGCUCGACACUUCUCUACGAUAACGUCUGCGUAUCUGUGACGCCCCAUACACCAGCAGCUCGACGCCUUCCACUUUCCUUCGGUUCUCGCUUUUUCUCGCCUUCUUGUCACACCUUUUCACCUUUUUUUAAUCCAUACAUCUCCCACGUAAUUGCCCGGUAGCCAAGGCCUUGUCCCAGCACAGACGAUCCCGCAAAACGUCAUGAGAACACGGUCAUGCAACGCGAGGAAGUGGCAGAUCAAGCAUGAAGUGGGCAUGGGAGCAUGGAGCAUUGGGCCGGGAGAUCCAGCUGUCACUCCUCACGGAAUCAUGUGAGGCACCACCUCAUAUUCCAUCCGUGCGAAAAGCGCGGCUGCAACGUUGUCGGGACGGCUGCCAUCGACUUUCGAUGGGCCAUUUUCUAUGCGACGCCCCGUGUCCCGAGUGGCACCUUGCACACUCUUACGGAUUCCUCUUUUAAUCUACGCCCGCCAGGGUUGUCAGACAGACGCCUGCGCUUCGAUGUCUUUUUCGCCCGGCAUGCCGAUGGGAUACCCCUUCACAAGACUGGAUGGAGCACUGGCUGCGGAUUUGAACUAGACGGGAGCAGAUGGAUGGUUGGCUGGCUGCGGGGACUGAACAGCAACUGUUGUAUUUUAACCCCGUGUGACUGGGACAGGUUUUUUGGUCGUCUCGACACACGAAAUCGUCGUCUAGGCUCGUUUGUCGUCUCUUAGCUAGUUUGAUUUGAUGUUUUCCUUA